AUGUUGUUAGUAUGCUGGCGUCCAGCAAACUGUUCGAAUUGCUGGUUCCCGGGCACCCAGAGCCUUCUGCAAGCACAGGCAACGCUACAAUUGGAAACAUCGUCAGUUUUGUUGGGGAUGCCUGCUAGUAUAGCCCGCCGCAAACGUGCAUUUGAACGGAAUACCUACGAUGAGGUGGUGAAUUGGAAUGGAAUCCGUCAGGUGGAACCAAUUUUCACCCACCAGCGUCAAGAUGGGAGCUUCCAGCUCCUGUACAACACGUGUCCGGAAGCGGAUGCUCACAAUAAUGACGCGUCGUUCGAAAGUCCUCCUUUCUAUGGAUGCAUUGGCCGUCUUGUCUCUUUCUCCUCCGAAGGCAAGCCGGUUGGGGGAGAAACAAUUCUGGAUUUCAGGAGCCUGCUGGCCGAAGCCAGGAUCGUGGGUUACUGGACGCCUCUGAAAGAGCCCGUGGACGGUGUUCAUAGCCUUCAGGACGCGGUUUUCGCUGUGUGGGCUCAGAGGUGCCCUUCAGUCGAUUCAACUUGCGAGUGCACUGAAGCCCGGUGCCGUAUAUCGCUCGAAACUUCCACUGUAAAGUCAGGAUAUCUCUUGUUCACCAACAAAACAAUAUUUGAGACGUAUAAAGGAGACCGACUGUGCGUAGACGAUCAAGCUGAUAAAACAUCACUCAACAAAAAUUCUUCAGGAAAAUUCACUUACUGGCUCGUCGAGCACACGGGUUGGGUGUGCGGAAGAGAGGAUAUGCAUGGUUCUUAUCUGGAGUUCGAUGAGCAGCAUCCAGACGGCACACGGGUGGGAAGUGUGUUCGCAGUGCGUCUAACAAACCCAGACGUCAAAGCGUUCGAGGUCGUUAGGACAAUAUGGACUAGAGCCAGACUUGAUUACAGUUUUGGAUUCAACGCUCUGGUUGGAGGGCCUGCAAAACAAGGAGACAAUGUCCGUGCAGCUGGGAAAGAUCCUCACUACGCUUUCACUAUACGGGCGAGAUCCUUCGACGUGGUACAAGGCGUCAGUGAGUCAAGGUGUUUUGGAGUCAUCCUCGACGCGGAUUUCCAGGAUAUGACGCGCAAAGCCGACCAGAUUUUCCCAUGCAGGCCAUGUGGAUAUGCAGCAAUUUUACUGCAUCCGCAAUUUCAGGAACUGAUGGCAGUCUGUGAAGAUACAUCAGAGCAAUCGUCAGGGAUAUACGUAGACGGGAAAAUGAUUUCUCCGACCCAGGGGACGAGCCGGUCUCUCCAUCCAGCCGAAUUAAGCUCGCCAGUUUUUGUGCCAGACGAUUUCCGCGCGUGGAAGAUAUUUUGGAAGGAUGUAACAGAAGCAAAGGGUGGGCCACAUAUGACCCUUAAUCUCGGCGAGUGGAAUCAACAGCUGCAAGUUUAUUUUCAGAAUUUUUCUCCGGUUGAAGGGAUCAAGGCUACGGGAGUCGAUCUUAUCUUCGCAUCAUCCUUCGGUGAAAACAGCAUCCUUGUUGCAUACCAAGACAGCAUUGAGCGCACAUCUUUUCUCAUGGAAUGCUCUCCCAACGGAAUUCACGUGCCAGGCAACUUUCUGAAGGUUCUCCGAACUGCAGAAGCCAGUCUGUUACCUGCAGCACCUGGAGCCUUCAUCAUGCGCCCAUCAGCUUCUGCGGAGGUAUUCUGGUAUUCCUUCUGGACAGAAGACCGCGUCAGUCACGAUGCGCAAGAUUCCUUCUUACCCAUUGCCGGCAGCACACGGGAAUUUCGUUUGGUUAAAGCAACAGGAUCUCGUGAAAGCGCUGGACCUUGUAAGGGCGGGUGA